AGUAUGACAUCACAUCGCGUGACAUCCUCAAGAACACAACGUUUGCAAGCAAUCUAUCGCUAAGAAUGGCGUAUGUUCAAAAAAUUAUUCAGGCUAUUAAAAUUAAAAUGAUGUUAAAUCGUUUAUCAAAAGCAAAGGAAAACGCAAUGCGAGACUUCCUAGGUUUACCACCGAAGAUGUCUUGGUACGACGAGUGCACCGACACUGUGUUCUCGUGCGUGAAGGACAAGAUAUGUCAAGUGUUCUGUCCCUGCUGUGUGUACGACAGCAUGCGACACACAAAGGUCCCCACGUGCUGGAACAGCCCCGUGCUCAAAGAGUUCAUUGGUUUUCUGGCGGGCAUAGUGCUGACCUCGCUCCUGUUCCUACUUCUAAUCUACCAGAUUGACGUACCCCCGGGGAGGGCGGGGCCAAUCUGCAUUGUGGUGGGGGCCGUACUCACCCUCUUGCUGGCCUUCUCGCAAGCGUGCCGCUGUCUCGUGCUACUCAUGCUCCCCCAGUUCUUCUCAGCCAAAGGUCGUAUGCUUCUACUGAUGUACGCGCUGUUCCUUGCAAUGAACCACCCCUUGCGUAACGUGAACCGGAACAUCAACGUCCUGUCUCAGAGUACAACGUGCGGACAGGAAGUCGCCCUAAAUGAGACACGGGAGCUUGUGAAGGCGGCAGCUGCCCCGGUUCAAGGUAUAAUUGAAAGUGUCCGAGGGGUUAUGACCAAACUCCAACAGUUGUCGCGGAAUCUCAAGUCCGCGUACACUACGUUGAAGAAAACAGUUACUGCUAUAGGUAACACGAUACAAUCGGUCGCAAGAUGGCUGGCAAAUUUUACCGAUUCCUGCAACAAGAAAGUAAGGCAACCUUACGAACGAUGCGUGCAGGGUUUCGAAAGCGCUCGUGUCAAAUGCAAGAAACUACUUGGACCCCUAGACGGUUUGUGUAAUAUUGUGAAAUGGUUUCAGCCGGUCUGCGGUGUGGCCAGAGUUGGGGAGUUGGUGUGCGUGAUAGCUGAUGCGAUCAAGAGGCUUAUCACAAAAAACAUAUCUUUCCCUUCGAUAAAGGUCCUAAAGGACGCGGAGGCGAUGUUCUACUUCAAGGUUACACUGGACUACAAGUUCAACUACACGAUCGACACGACCCGCUCGUUCAAGGACAUCAAGGCCGAUAUCCGGAAGGAGAUCCAGUCGUACGUGAGCACCCUUCUCAAGACAAUCGGCAUCUUCAAGAACAUGUUGUUGGUCUCUCUUAUAUUCGUAGUGGUUGGAGCCAUCGUCUACCGGAGCCGCUACCUCUCAAAGGACCGCUUCGACAACCGUUACAUCACGUUCACUGUUCGAGACUUGGAUGAGAGGCGAAAACGCAAUCAAAAGGGUUCCAUACUUCCGCUUACGUAUGACGAGGAAAACAAAUAUGUUUCCAGCUUGUCCGGACGAAUGCUACCUUUUGAGCUCCGGAAGUUGGGCGUCGGUUUGGUGCUGCUGAUGGUGAGCGUCUUCAACGCGGCGUUCUACUUGUUCUGCGACUACGGCCUCUACUCAGCGCUCGCUCUCAUUCAGAAACACUUCACCAUUAUCACCCAGGUGCCAGUUCCGCCUCACAUGAAGCUGCACGUGACAGGGAAUGGCCCGAUGUCCGAUAUGUACCGCUCUAUAGUGACCAUGUUCGACCCCAUCGCCAAGACCAACGUCAGGAUGGACAUCGCUCGCUGCGUGCCCAUACCCUCGGAACCGGACUGGGCCAUAUAUAAGAUAAUAGGAAUUAUAUACUUAGUGUGUUUCGUGCUCACGUUCGGCGAGGCGUACGGAAUGCGCAUGCGUCACAAGGUAAUGGCGUGCUACUACCCGCGGCGGGAACGGAAGCGCGCCAUGUGGCUGUUUAACCACAUCCUUAAAACGCGCGGGGGCAUCAUAGCGCGGACGCGCAUGAACAUUAAGGCGCGCAAGAUGGGGAAGUUGGACCAAGAACAUAUCAGCCUAAAGGGGCAGCUGGCAGCAAAAUACCCGCUGUUUGAGAAAUUGCUGAAGUUUCUCGGCUGGGAGGUAAAGUCGUGUCUUUACUGCGGUCGCGAGGGGAAGCCUGAUGACUAUCUCAACUUCGUCCACUGCGAGUUCUACGACUGCGACGCCGUCUACUGCGUUGAGUGUUACGCUGAUCUCAAAAACGUCUGUGCGGUCUGUGAAAAUGAUGUCGAAGUCAAGGGAGGUUCCGACGAAAAUGAAAUCGAUUCCAGCAUCGAUCUAAGUACGAGACGCAAGGCCAAAAAACAAAAACGCAAGCGAAACAAAAGAAUAGCGGAACUCGAGGCCCGACGCCGCCCCAGUCAGAUAAUGAUGCGAUUCCGGUCCCAGUUCGGAACACCGGGGGAUGACGCCGGUGUCGAUUUACCCCCGACAGGAAAGGGGGCUGCCAAUGGACAAAUGAAUGCAACUGCUGGACAAGGGAAAAGUCCGGGCAAAAAAGGUCCAGUUGACAAGCGUUCCGCCGCGCAAAGGAUUAAAGAGCUACGCCAGGCUCGCCUGAAAAAUCCUGGUAUCAAAAAUAAAAGCGCCGGGUUAAGUUCUGACGACAUUGAAGAAAGCAGCGCUUAUGAUGUUUUAACAUGGACUAGCGAAUUAACUGAUCCUCUUUCAUUUGACAGCAGAAGUGAUUUCAAUGAGGUGGAUUACAGAAAAGACAACCGCUACGUCAUCCAAACGACCAAUAACAGUGCUGAGCUGUGUGACUUUUAUAGUGAGAAUGACGAUAGCGACAUUUAUCUCACAGACACAGAUGCAGAAAGUUUGAUUGGGUUUUCAACUAUGAGUUAUCCAAACGCACUGGAAAGACCUUUCCUAAGACAUCGCAGUGGGUAUGUCAACACAAACACAAACGCUCAAGGGUAUGUUACGUCAUCUAGUGAUGAUGACGUCACGUCGGGUUCCUCGGUUGAAACGGAUGACUUGGAUUAUUCAUACCAAAACCGAAAGACUCCAAAGGACGCAGAACGCGAUAUGUCGGACUCCAUUGAUGAGAGUGAUUUAUCCAACAGCGAUUCCCAACGCCCGGAACUGGACCUGGUUACUGAAGACAUUUUCUCUGACACGGAGAACAGCGAUUGCAGCGACUGGUCAGAGGAUUUGGCGGGCGACGUGGUGGACUCAGUUAUCACUGAGGAGCCGUUUUCGUUCACAAUAGCGAGAGAAUGAAGUUGUUACAAGAGAAAUGUUAUUUAGUUAUAUUAAACGUUUUCCUGCUUAAGUAUGUCUUUUAUGAAUUAAGGAUGUUUCUUGUCAUGUCAGGCGGGUGGAGUUUUGAACGGUCAAUAUGUACGAGCUGGUGAAAAAAGCAACAUGCGUGAAUUUGAUAUUUCAACUGGUUUCUGACUACGAUUUAACAUACUUUAUGGGAUUUUAGAGCCAAAUAAUAUUGGUUAAAAGCCCUUUUUAAGACAAAUAGGUUUAACUCAAGUUUUGAUGGUGACACCAAAUCGUUAAUUGGUCAAAUUGCCAUUGGCGGACCUACGCCCCAACAUUCCUUCCUUGCAACCUGUGGAAAAACAUAGGUGCAUUAUUUAUCGGUAUUGAUUUGAACAGCUAAGCAGAUCUAUAAUUAAUCAUUGAUUUAUUGCAUCAAAUAGCAUGACAUUACUUUACAGCAAUCUACAUAAUAAAUUGUUUCCAAAAAACGAA